AUGGAUGGUCUCGACUCGAAUCUUUCUAUGAUACAAAGAAAUCGGAUGAUAGACACAUGGUACGGUAGUUACGAUAGCCGAGUGAAGUUAGCUGAGUUAAUUCGAAACUUCAAACAUGUCGCUGGCUUAAGUCCGCAUGUCCUCGGAGAAGAAGAACAUGGCAGUUGGAAUAUUGCUAAGCCGGAGUAA